AUGUUUUUCUUUUUCUUCUCUCUUAACUUUAAAAACCUUAGUUCAAGCCAUGGAUUAAAACAAGUCACAAAGUAUUUGCUUCAGAGUGGCCUGCAAAAAUACUUGAAUCAACAAGGUUUUAACAUUGUUGGUUAUGGCUGCACAACUUGUAUCGGAAAUUCUGGAGAACUUGAUGAAUCAGUUGCUUCAGCAAUUUCGGAAAAUGAUAUCAUUGCUGCAGCUGUUCUUUCCGGGAAUAGAAACUUUGAAGGUCGUGUUCAUCCCCUAACCAGAGCUAACUAUCUUGCUUCACCUCCAUUAGUAGUUGCCUACGCCCUUGCUGGCACGGUUGAUAUUGAUUUCGAGAAAGAGCCUAUAGGGACAGGAAAAUCGGGGAAAAGUAUAUAUUUCAAGGAUAUAUGGCCUAGCAAUGAUGAGAUCGCACAGGGUGUUCAAUCUAGUGUGUUGCCUGAUAUGUUCAAGAGCACCUAUGAAGCCAUCACAAAGGGCAACCUGAUGUGGAAUCAACUUUCCGUCCCUGCUUCCACGCUUUAUUCUUGGGAUCCAAACUCAACAUACAUUCACGAGCCUCCAUAUUUCAAAAACAUGACCGUAGAACCACCAGGCCCGCAUGGAGUGAAAGAUGCCUAUUGCUUGCUCAAUUUUGGUGACAGUAUUACCACCGAUCACAUCUCUCCUGCAGGUAGCAUCCAAAAGGAUAGCCCUGCUGCUAAGUUUCUUCUUGAGCGUGGGGUGGACAAAAAGGACUUCAAUUCCUAUGGUAGUCGUCGAGGCAAUGAUGAAGUGAUGGCAAGGGGCACCUUUGCCAAUAUCCGCAUUGUCAGCAAGCUCCUGAAGGGAGAAGUUGGUCCGAAGACUAUUCAUGUUCCCACAGGAGAAAAGCUUUAUGUAUAUGAUGCAGCAAUGAGGUACAAGGCUGCUGGGCAAGACACGAUAGUCUUAGCUGGAGCAGAGUAUGGAAGUGGCAGCUCAAGAGAUUGGGCUGCCAAGGGCCAAAUGCUACUGGGCGUGAAAGCAGUUAUCACCAAGAGCUUUGAGAGAAUCCAUCGAAGUAAUCUGGUUGGUAUGGGAAUCAUUCCUCUUUGUUUCAAGCCUGGUGAGGACGCUGAUUCUCUAGGAUUAACUGGCCAUGAACGUUAUUCAAUUGACCUUCCAAAUAAAAUCAGUGAGAUAAGGCCCGGUCAAGAUGUUACCGUCACAACUGUCACUGGCAAAUCGUUCACGUGUACUGUCCGCUUCGAUACUGAGGUGGAAUUGGCAUACUUUGAUCACGGUGGCAUUCUUCCAUUUGUUAUCCGUAACCUAAACAAAGAGUAGACAAUUUGGCUUCAAGUAAGUAGUCUCUUCACUUUGCUAUCUGCUUUGAUUGGUUUUGAUAGUGGUAUCGAUUCGAUCGACAGUCAAUAACUAGUACUGGUAUCUCAAUGUUCUCUAUACGACCUAUUUUGCGUAAUAUUUCGUUGUAAUAUCUGGCGUGAUUCAUUUUGAAACCGAACCAAUUUGAAGAGUUAGAAAUGAAAUCUAGUCUGUUUCCGAGUCA